GAUUACAAGGUGGGGCAUAUAUUGGGUGCAUUACGGCCUUACCUGUGAAGGAUUGGGGGUGGUUUAUUAGGUGCAUUAUGGCUGUGCCUGGAAAGGACUUGUGGGGGCCGGGGUUGUAUAUUAGGUUCAUUAUGGCUGUGCCUAGAAAGGACUGGGGGGCAGGAUUGUAUAUUAGGUGCACUAUACCCCUUCCCUCCCCCGCCCUGGCUUGCACUGGGGGCUUCUAUUGUUCUGGGUGCGCCCCCCCCCCCCCCCUGCCUCUGCCCCUGCCCUCAGUGCAAGGUCAGGGCUGUGCCACCCCCUUUCCCAGCUUUGUGGGGAAACUGACACAGGUGGAGCAGAUGGGGGCUCCCACAAUGAUAGUGGGGGAGGGGGAGUUGCCAUCUGAAGCCGCUGGCCCAGCGCUAUUGUUUGCGAAAUGCUCAGUGGUGGCAUCUGCAAGCCCAGACUGUGGUUAGGACCCAGGCUCCAGAACUGGGGGGGGUGGGAUCUGUGCCCCUCUUCUAUGCCCCUGGGCAGGAGCCCAGCCUGGCCACUGUGGGCUCUCACCAUCCACACUGGGCAUGGGGAGAUGACCCCGAAUAGCCUCAGCCUGUGCCUGCCCAGGCAUUCUCUGCCGCUGCUGUCUGCCAGGCAGGCAGGCGAAGCUUUCCCAAAGUCCCUUCCACAGCCAGAGCCCUGACAGUGGCUUAGAGCAGGCAGCCCUCUCCACCACAUGCCCCAGGAAAAGCACCCAUGUAAGAACAUAAGAACUGCUGCUGCCUGGGUUAGCCUCUCCAUCAUGUCCAGGCUCCUGUGUUGCUCAGGUGAAAGCGAGGGAGCCUGAAUCCACCAUGAUUCCAUGAGCCACCCAGGACCUCAGCUGGCGGGUUCUGCACCGAGUGGUUCACAGCCACCCCAACACCUGCCACUUCUGUAAGCAGAGGGAGACCUUGGUGCACAGCUGCCUUGAGUACGUCAGGCUGCAGCCCUUCUUCCGCCGCCUCCAGAACCUCGUUCUGGCUGCACUUCUCCCUGUACGUUUUCUUUUAUGGACUUCCCAUCUGCCGCCUCACCAAGUCCCAGAACCCCCUGGUAUUCCUCCCCCUGGCUUUGGCCAAGCUGGCCAUCUAUAAAACAAGGGGGGAGGCUCUGGCUGGGAGGAGCCCAGGUGAGUGUGGGGUUGCUUUCCUGGCACUUCUCCACUCAUGUAUUUGGACAUAAUUUCACUGGUCGGUGUCCUCAGGCUCCCUCGACUCCUUUGGGGCUCAGUGGGCACUAACCAGUGUGCUCUGCUCAGUGUCCCCUCCUGAUGCCCCAGUUAUUAACCUAUGACCCCACUCCCUUUCCUCUUUUCUUCUUUUUGUUGUCCCAAGCAAUUAGUUGAUGUGUCCCCAGUUGCUGCCCUUAUACAGGGAGGCUUACAGUUCCCCUGAUGGACUUAGGCCCAUGCUCUUUUACUGUAUAUCAAUAGGUCUGAGCAGUGAAGCCUGAAUUCCACCGUGAUCCCGUGAGCCACCCGGGACGUCAUCUGGCGGCUCCUGCACUGAGCGUUUAUCUGGCGCAGUUCGUGGACACCCCCAACACCUGGCCCUUCUGCAAGCAGAGGGAGACGCUGGUGUGCGGCUGCCUUGAGUGUGCCAGGCUGCAGCUCCUUUGCUGCCUCCUCCAGAACCUCCUGCUGAGGUUCACAGAAGUUUAGGGCUGGAAGGGACCUUUGUGAGAUCAUUGGGUCCAGCCCUCCUCUCUCCUACCCUAUCCUGCAUCUUGAAACAGGGAGCUAUUCCCUACUGGUGAUUUACAUUUAUGUGGGGGGGCACUUAUUUUCUGAUGAGCAUCCAUAGAAAUGGCAAGCUUCUGGAGACCACUUACAGAAGGAGCUCAGUGUUUGCCUGGGUGCCUUCCUGGGAAAUGCCUGGAGGAGCUGGCUUCAUUUGGGGACAGCCUGGUCACAGUGGGAUGUGGGGUGUUGAUGGGACUGUGGGAUUUGCUGGGAGGUUGGAGAGGCUGGAACUGAAUAUAUGCUAACUCCUGGAAUUUUAACUGUAACUAACUUGUUCCAGGAAUGAUUAAUUGUGAGUAGCUCCAUGCUGACUUGCAAGGAACCUUUAUCAGAAAGCCCCUGCAUCUGCCUCGGGGCUGAUGCUGGUCUCUUCAGAACCGCUCUGGGACAGCUGUGGCCACAUAUGAAGCUGAGGGCCCUGUUUUGGCCAGGCAGCAGGGAGCAGCAUGGUCCUGGAGGUACCAUGGGGUCAACCCGGGUGACAGCAAAGGAGCUGUGUGAAAAUGAUGACCUCGCUACCAGCCUGGUGCUGGAUUCCUACCUCGGCUUCAAGACCCACAAGAUGAAUGUCAGCCCGCUCCCUGCUAUCCGGAGGCAGCAUCACCUGCGGGAGGCAGUAGAAGCCUUUCGCCGGCGCCGGGACUUGGAGGCUGCGUACCGGGCCCUGAUGCUGGGCGAUUGGUCCUGUCAGUACUUCCAGAACCGGAGCUGCCAGCAGGAGGCUGCACUCAAGAUUCAUAUAUUCCGCUACCUCCGCAUCUUCCUGCCCGAGAGUGGCUUCACGAUCCUGCCCUGUAGCCGCUACUCCCUGGAGACCAAUGGGGCCCGCGUGGUCUCCACCAAGUCAUGGAGGAAGAACGACAAGCUGGAGCUGUUGGUGGGCUGCAUUGCAGAACUGACAGAGCCAGAUGAGAGCCUACUGCGUGCAGGCGAGAACGACUUCAGCAUCAUGUACUCGACACGCAAGCGCUGUGCCCAGCUCUGGCUGGGGCCUGCUGCCUUCAUCAACCAUGACUGCAGGCCAAACUGUAAGUUUGUCCCGACUGAGGGGAACACGGCCUGUGUGAAGGUGCUACGGGACAUCGAGCCCCAGGAUGAGAUCACUUGUUUCUAUGGUGAUGGUUUCUUUGGGGAUAACAAUGAACUGUGCGAGUGCUGCACCUGUGAGAGGAAGGGGGAAGGCGCCUUCCGGCAGCAGCAGAAGGACCCCUCUCAAGCUACCUCAGCCCAAGAGAAAUACCAACUCCGUGAGACGGACGGACGGUUACAGCGCUGGAAGGGCCGGGUCUCCAAGAAGGUGCAGCCUGGUGCCAAGGCAGCGCGCAGGGCCCGGCGCCGGAGGGACCGCCUCCGCGCUCUCCGUGCCUGUCAGCUCCAGCCUGGCUGGACACCCUCCUUGCCUUGCUUCCCACAGCUUCAAGCACUCAGGCAUCUGCGGAUCCCUCUGCACAACUGCGUUGCUUGCAGGGGUAUAGGCAGGGGCUGCCGGCUGAGGAAGGAGCUGGCUGUCUCUCUGGUACGCUGCCUUCCUGGUGCCUCUGCCCCUGAGACCGCUGUGGCACAGAGCUCUGAAGCCCUAGAGCAUCACCCUGCCCUCUACCAGCAUCCUCCCAGCAGCACAGAGCCUUCCAUCCCCUCCUCUCUUGGAUCACUGGACCUCCUAAGGCUAAAGACUCCCAGCUUGACUCGCGUCUUCUGUGUGGAGUUGGGGGACACGAGGGUUCUGGCCUCCCAGGACCCAGGGCAGGGCCCUGGGAUUGGUCCCCCCAUGCUGGGAGUUAGCACUACCCCAGGGGAAGCUUCACCAGGGGCUGUGCCUGGGGGUGUUGUGGGGCACUGCCCAUUAGCCCCUCAGCUUCUCUGCCGUACUCGAAGCAUGGUCAAAGCUGUGGCCUCCUGUCCUGCUUGGCCCCUGGAGGCACUUGCUGCAGCAGGAAGGGCCAACCCCCAUCCCCUGCCAGACCCUAAGCUGUCCUUGUAUGCUCAUGUGAGGCUGGAGAAGACGGAGCAGCCUCCCCAGCCAGCCAUGAGCAGGACAGAGCCAGAGGAAGCCUCAGCUCCCAGCGGAGACCCCAAGCGGACGGUGACCUUUCAACCUUUUCCCCCUGCCAAGCGCCUGCGGCUGGUGGUGAGCCAUGGCUCCAUCGACCUGGACCUGGCCUCAGCAGCCAGCGAGGAGGCGGCCUGACUGGGCCUCAGGUAACAGCUGGGCCACUGCUGUGCUGUUCUGUGUGGUAGGGGGAGACCACCCAGCCCCCUUCACACCCCUCUGGUUUCCCCUCAGUGUCUCCAGUUCUGGAGGGGUGUGGAACCCCCUUUUCCCUGGCCAGACUCACGAAGCAGCUCCCCCUCUGCUUCACUGGCCUCUCAGAGCCUCCAUUUUUAAUAUGGGGCUGGGCCCCACAACCUGUAUUUUAGGUAACACAAAUACACCCACACAGUCCCUCUGCCACACCCCAGACUGGAGCCCUGAGGCCAAGCCAUAUAACACCAGUCUGUUGGCAAGUCAUCAGUCCAAUUCCGUGUGUGUGUGUGUGUGUGUGUGUGUGUGUGUGUGUGUGUGUGUGUGUGUGUGUGUGUGUGUGUGUGUGUGUGUGUGUGUGGUUGGCAAGUCAUCAGUCCAAUUCCCUCUGUGUGUGUGUGUGUGUCACCCCUGUAUCUCCCUUAUUAUUUCAUACUACCUUUGUUUCGGGGGUCUCUCUUUGAUCCCCCGCCACUCCAGGGGUUCUUGUCUUGGGAUGAAUUCAUAUGGGGGGGGGCAGAAGGACUGUUGUGGGGGGACCUGGGUCAGCUGGAGUGUUUUGAUACAUAUCUUUGCCAGGCAUCUGGUUUCACCGGGGCACUUUUUUAUGCUACAGGCAAAUCUGAGGGCACAGCAGCUGAAUGGCUGGUUGCCCAUAGGGUGCUGUUGGAAAUUUGGGGGGGAGGGAUUUCCCCUCCAUGGGGUGCUGGCUGGCUCGGGGAUGGGGAGAUGGGGCCAGAGCCUUUCCCUCAGGGCAAUUUAGAUAGGUCAGAGUGGGCUUUGCAGUCUCCUGUGUGGAGUCUGGGGGUGGGAUGGGGGGAGUUACUAGGGUGGGGGUGGUCCUUUUAUUCAACUAGCAAAAAAGACCAACUUCCAAGAGAAGUGGUGCUGGCUCCUACCCUGGGGGUAUUUAAAAGAAGGCUAAGUGAACACCUGACUGCGGUCAUUUGACCCAGUACCCUUUCCUGCCACGGCAGGGGGUCGGACUUGAUGAUCUGCUCAGGUCCCUUCUGACCCUACCAACUAUGAAUAUGCCCGCAGCAUUUCUGUGCUGCUGUCCCCAACCUGCACUGGGCACACCAGCACCAGGUGCAUGGAUAUCCUUAGUAACCCAGCUGUGCUGAGGUGAUGUCUGCUUCUUAUUCUAGGUGGGUUGUCCAGAUUGGGGCCACCUGGUGAUCCCUGGUAGAAAUGUCUCCCCUUGCGUUUCCCCAGGCCUGGGCCUUGUAGGUGCAUGGCUCACGCUGUGUCCAAGCUCGGGUCAUGGCCGGGGGCAUGGCUGUCAUGGGUACAGGUAGGGUCCUUGUCAAUCCUUGCUCCCCUCCCUCCCAUGGGGCAGCCCCUGUGCCCGGGCAGGAAGGGCCAGGAGAAGCCACCCUUGGUAUGGCAGCUACAGCCAGCCCCUCCCUUCAGGGGAGCACAGGACAGACGUAUUCCCUGGUGACAGGACUCCUGUGUUCCCUACCUGUGCUCCAUCCCCCCUGGGGGCAUAUGAUUUCUACCAGGCAAGGAUCUGGUUCUCCUGGGUCUCCUACUUUCUGACCACAGUAUCUUUAUCCUGAACCUGGUGCUCACUGCCAUCUCUCUAGUGUUCAGAGUCAGGGACUGGGGGAGCAGGGGAACUACAGUUUUCAUGGGGGGUUUUCCAGCCCCUGGGCUCUCCCAGGUACACCAGGAAGGGGCAGGUUGCUCUACAGAGGCCAGGGACAGGGAGGGGAAGAGAAUUCACUUCUCCAAGGGAUUUUUCUGUGGUUCAGGUGUCUCCUUCCUCCUGCCCCCCUGCUAGCAAGCCCUUCCACCAGGGCUUGAGCCCCCUUCCUCACUGGGAAGGCAGGGGCGGGGUGAGGGGUACAGGAUGAGGAUGUCUGAUCUGCCUCUGUUUGCAGUGCAUUGCAGCCCUCGUGUGUACUUUCCCUGUCUUAGUCUGGGUUAAAAAGGCAGUAGAAUUGUGGAGUGGGGGCUGGGAGCUCUGGACACCUGGGUCCUUCCCUGGGAAGCAAGCAGGGCAAUAGUGGGCUAGGGUGUGGGGGGAAGCUAGCAUACCAGUACAUCUUGGUCCUUUCCCUGCCUUUCCUUUGGUCCAGGGCUGAGUUGCUUCUCCUCUCUUGUGCCUCAGUUUCCCCAUCUGUAUGAUGGGUUUCAUAUGUACCUACCUCACAGGAGGAGGCGGUGCUAUUUCUAAGGCCCCACACAGCCCUGGGGGUACAGCCACCCCUCAUCCCCUGCUGCUACCUGGCUGCAUCCCCAAAUCAGUGCAUACCCCCAGGCCCUGGCUGAAUUCAGGGCCCAGCAGGCAGCGACCAUUUGCUUCCCAGCCUGGCUAGAACCAAGACCCCAUCACAGGGCAAGGCAAUGACAGAGGGGAGAGAUGCCCAACCCCCCCCCCCAAUCUCUUCCCCAGCCCUUCCCCAGGGUGCUGCCUUGAGCCCACAGAAGUGCAGUACAGACGGACACCUGGGUUCCCAGGUGCUGAAGUGUCUGCUGGUUUUGUCAGGAUCUGAUCGAUUGGAAUGGGGGGGAGCUGUUAUCCCCCCGCCCCCCCCCCCCCCGAUUAGACCCAUACUUGACCCUGCCAGGGAGGGGGGUGGUCUCGGUGCUAAGGGUGGGGGGUGGGGAAUGGCAGGCAGACUGGGAGCUUGUGGAUGAAGAAUGUGCCCAGCUCGGGGGGGGGGGAGUCAGAGCCCCACAAACUCUGAUUUCAGGGUGGGGGGAGAAGGGAGGGAUGAAGACGGACAGACUCUGAAGCCCUUCUGAGUGUCUCACAUUGGAAUAAAGCCUUUUUUUUUAAA